AGGGGAAGGGCUUGAGUGGGAGAGGUUUUAACAAUAUCUCUCAGUCAGUAAAUCCCGGUGUUGUGCUGAAGGAAUGGAACAGAAUUCUCAUCUCGGAGAUCCCAGCUAAAUAUACACACAACUGAACAAAAUAAUUACAUUUUUUUGUUUCCAAAAAUACCUCUCAAACUCCAUCAACUUGUCAAAGAAGGCUUGAAUUUUGAGGCAAUGUGAUUAUUUUGCUUUUUUUUUGGUUCGUGUGCUGGCGUCUGUUUGCUUUAGGAUGAGGAUAUGUCGGUGCUGUGUGCUGGAUGGACCAUUUUACCCAGCACCUUCUGAGCUCCAAGUUUAAAACUGACCGAAAAUGAACAGGAAGAGUCUUUUUCAGCUGUCCUUCCUCCUGCAUCUGGUGGACAUUACUCUCGGAUAUUUGACGGUGAAUAUUGAACCAAUUUCCCCUGUAGUGGCAGGCGAUGCUGUCACUUUGAAAUGCAACUUCAAAACAGAUGGGAGGCUGCGGGAGAUAGUGUGGUACAAGGUGACAGAUGGAGGAACUAUCAAACAGAAAAUAUUCACAUAUGAUGCCCUGUUCUCUACAAAUUACACUCACAUUGAUGAAUAUCAGAAGAGGGAGGAUUUGGUCUAUCAGUCCACUGUGCGAAUUCCAGAAGUCCGCAUUUUAGAUAAUGGGCCUUUCGAAUGCCACGUUGGGAUCUAUGACAGGACAAACCGCAAGAAGUUUCUGGAAGCAUAUGGUCAUGUCUUCCUCAACGUCAUGUCACCCCCUUCCUCAAUCUCAGUCAUCGCAGCAGAUGCGCCCGCAGCUUUCAGCCGCUACGAGGCUCAGAACUUCACGCUGGUCUGCAUCGUUUCUGGAGGGAAGCCGGCUCCCACGGUGUAUUUCAAGCGAGACGGUGAACUGGUUGAAGUCCUCCACGUGUCUCAGACAUCCUCAGAUGCAGGCAUGAGGAAAGGUCGAGUCCCUCAGAACCUUAUCAGCCGGGAUAUGGACGACACGAAGAUGCAGAAAUCUUUGUCCUUGCUGGAUUUUGAAGGUGGAGGCAGGCUCUUCACGGAGAGGCCCUCACGGAGCAUCACCGAUAGCAUCGCCUCAGCAACCACUGAAGCAGAAAAGAUUCCAGAGACAGUCAUCAGCCGGGAGUUCCCGAGGUGGAUUUAUCCCAGCGACCCAGAGUAUCUGUUCCGGCACACACAGAUUCCCGUCAGCGAUGGGACUGUCGAAGUCCGGGCCAUGAUCACCUGGACUUUGAACCCUGACCUGGAUAAUAAUGCCUUGUUCAGCUGUGAGGUGAAGCACCCGGCCCUGUCAAUGCCAAUGCAGUCUGAGGUGAUACUGGCCGCGCCCAGAGGCCCAAGGAUUGAUGUGACUCCAACACGUGUGCAAGUCGGCGACACUGUUAAGAUCGCCGUACUAGGAUUUCAGAAUGAAGUUUUCCCAGAACCUCUCUUCACAUGGACCAGAGUGGGUGGACGUUUAUUGGAUGGAAGUGUUGAGUAUGAUGGUAAAGAGCUGGUAUUGGAGAGAGUACCGGCAGAGCUCAAUGGGUCCAUGUACCGUUGUACCACCCAGAACCCUCUGGGGUCAACAGACACUCAUGCCAGACUCAUCAUUUUUGAAAAUCCAAACACUCCUAAAGGGACUGAUCAUAAAAAUGGUGCAUCAUCAUGCAACAAAAGUGUCAGAGUCGCCUUAGCGAUGAUCCUAGCAGUUAUAUUGGAUUUGACGUGAAAGGUCAUCAAGGAGUUGAGGGGGAAAUUAUCCAUCCUGCCAUUGCACAUCAUAAAAUAUUUUUAUUUUAAUGUUUUUCUUUAUCAAAUUCUGGAUGUUCCACUUCCUGUAGGGUUUUCUCACUUGAAAGGUGUCUCGUUGCUUCAUGUGAUCCUGAAUAAAGGUUCCGUCUGUUUAAAAGAU